AUCAUUACUGGCACAUGGGCGCUAACUGGGCCGAUACAUCCAAGAACAGGCCCUGCCCAACAGCCCUCAACAGGCUUGAUUACUUCAAACCUCCACCACCAUCCAUAAUUAGCCUCUCGUCACUCGUCAGUGCAAAUCCCCCCAGGAGCCGUUCCAUCCGCGUGACGGACAUACGUACGACGACAAACGGCGAUGAUGACAACAGCAACAAAACAACCCACCCAUGCUUUUCGCUCUUCGCCUUGUCUUGCCUCGCCUUGCCCUGCCCAUCUACAUCAGUCUCUCUACUUUGUUCCAUCUGGUCUUCGGACAGACGACCGAUAUUUUCUAUGCAUCUACGGAGUACUCCGUACACAGUAGAAAAUUAAAUUUCCCCUUCAAGCGAGGGGGCUCUAAUGAACGCAUCCGUCCGGCGUGUCCCCGAGUGUGUCUCCGGGUCUCUCGGCUCGGUUUUUGCAUAUGCGGUCGCUCGCCGAUGACGCCACACUUCAUCUCCCAUUCUCGUGCCUUGGAAAAUUCUCCAGCCUCAUCGCACGUCCUGGUUCAUCGUAAACCUUGUCUUUUCCUUACUCUUUUUUUCCCUGAUACCACCGAGCAUCCCCCGUUGUCGUCACCCGCCCGCCGCAAACACAGUCGGGGGUUUCCUCGUCAAACGAGAACAGAGUACAUAGAUCUCGAUGAUGCGCCGCGGAUCGCCCAGCCCGCCCGCUUCGUAACAAACUGUGGCGUGACAACGUGUGUGGCGCAGGACGUGUGUAGAUCCCGAUCCACUACGACUACCACUCAGCCUUGUUUUGAUGCGUAUGUUCGGCGUUGGUACGAGUACGGAGUAUCUACGCCACACAUGGACGUACGAGGUACGAGUAGCUUUGACGAGCGACGCAAUGACUAAAUCAUGCGCAAAAGAUUGGAACUCCAACCUCUGCUACUGACAGUAUAGAGCGUAAACUACCAUGUCGAGUUGUCCACCUACUAGCACCACGAGGGAGUAGAGCAGCUGGGCAGCCUACUGGGAGCCCUCUCUAUGUCAAUAUGACACCUAAAUAUUAUUGAUUGAAUACUGGACGGUCUGGUAAAGUUUUCGAUCUGUUGCUAAUUUUCAUAAAGUUAUUUCUAUGUAAC